CUCUUGGAGUGCGGACGUUUCGUUCUUCUUCGGCGCUUCGCGCUAAACGUGUUGUGGCAGCUCGGCGUCCCCGCCGGCCCCGUCGGUCACCUCCGGUCUUCCUCGACUGCUGCUGCGCCGGGACUUGCCACCCACAACACUGCAAUGGCGAUGAGGACUCAUAUUCGUGCCCCACGUGGUUUCCAAGAUCAUCGAACCCCUGCCCGAACCUUGGCUUGUAAUCGUUUUCAAGGUGUUCGCCGUUCGCAUGGUCAUGGCCUACAUGGUUACGGACAGGAUUUUCGCAAGACCCGUCCCGGUCAACUUCGUCCGCGUCAGCCAGGUGAUCGCUGCGGAUCUGCUGGAACUCAUCAGCGGUGCGGCGCCGUUUUGCGUCGUAGUGUACAGUUCAACAUACUCUGUUUGGCUGCCCGGCAUCGCCGUCGCCGUGCAUGUAGUGAUGGCGUCCGGCGCACGGUGGUGUUUCCUGCAAGGUUUUCAAGGAUUCGCCCUAGUUCAAGAGCAGGCCCUGGUUGCGGAGAUGGAGACGAUGGACGACAAAGCAUGUAAUUUAGCAAUUGUCCUCUGCAUCGCAUUCGUCUUUCUCGGCCUGUUCCCCUGCAACCUAGUGGUGCCCAGGGUGCGACCGCCGAUAUUCGAAAUCACCAGAAGGCCCGUCUUCCAGAUUGGCCUCCACGGCUACGUCAGCAGGCCCAACGGGCUCCUGAACUUCUUGGAGAUGGUCGGCGGCCUCGUCCUGUUCUCGAAGAUGUCCAACGACCAGCGGGACUCGAAGGCGGUGCGCCUGCUGUCGAGUUCGGCGUGCACGUUCGGCGUCAGCGGCGCCUCCAUGCUGAUGGCCUGCAUCAGCAGUCCCACGUGCGCCUACUACCUGCCGCGCACGCUUUAUUACAUCCUCUUCCACGGGCUGGGCGCCAUCUGCUACCUCACGGGCGCCUUCUGUGUCUCUCAAUACACUCAGGAAGCACCACUCCAUUCGACUAUCGGCUUCUGCACCGGAGCACUUCACGCCCUGCACUGCGCGUACGCCUCCUUCAAGGUGUACUUCCAGAAGAGCAGCAGCGGAUGGUUCUGAAGGAGCGCCGAUAUGGAGCCCACAGCUGGCUGUGUCGCAAAGCCGUGACGUCACGCGCGCACCCUUCGCUAUGUUUGGUGCGCAUGCGCUGUGAGUCUAACGUCUGCGGCCUCCGCGCCGGUACUUG